AUGGCUACUCUUCAAAGUCAAACUUUACCAACAUAUACCGUCGGUGAUUACGCUUCAUUUGCCUUAGCUGGUGCUAUUGGUUGUGGUGUUACUCACGGUGCCAUGACCCCAAUUGAUGUUAUCAAGACCAGAAUUCAAUUAGAACCAACAGUAUACAACAAGGGUUUGCUCGGUUCAUUGAAAAAGAUUGUCGGUGCUGAAGGUGCUGGUGCUUUAUUAACCGGUUUAGGUCCAACUGUGUUGGGUUACUCUUUACAAGGUUGUUUCAAAUUCGGUGGUUACGAAUUAUUCAAGAAGAACUUCACUGAACUUGUCGGUGUCGAUACCGCCAAGAAAUACAAGAACUCCGUCUACAUGGGUUCCGCUGCUUUAGCUGAAUUCUUCGCUGAUAUUGCUUUAUGUCCAUUAGAAGCUACUAGAAUUAGAUUAGUUUCUCAACCAAACUUUGCUAACGGUUUAAUCGGUGGUUUCUCCAGAAUCUUAAAGGAAGAAGGUGUCGGUUCUUUCUACAAUGGUUUCACCCCAAUUUUAUUCAAGCAAAUUCCAUACAACAUCGCUAAGUUCUUGGUUUUCGAAAGAGCUUCUGAUGCUAUUUUCGGUGCUGUCGGUACUCCAAAGAACCAAUUAUCCGAAACUAAAUUGACUUUAAUUAACUUGUCUGCCGGUAUUAUCGCUGGUUGUGCUGCCGCUUUCGUUUCCCAACCUGCUGACACCUUAUUAUCCAAGGUUAACAAGACCAAGAAGGCUCCAGGUCAAUCUACUAUCGGUUUAUUAGGUCAAUUAGCUAAGCAAUUAGGUGUUGUUGGUUCUUUCGCCGGUUUACCAACCAGAUUGGUUAUGGUCGGUACCUUAACCUCCUUACAAUUCACCAUCUACGGUCAUAUUAAGAAGAUGUUGGACUGUCCAAAGGCUGUUGAAUUAUAG